AUGUUUUAGAAUGACGGCAAUGGCUAGUCGCCCAAUUGGUGUUCAUAUGAGAGACAAGCAGUGAAGGUAAUUCGCAGUAAUGCAAAUCAAUGUCCUGCUAUUAAAAAUCAUACAUCCAUACAUUACAAGAAACAGAUAUUUAUAUUUGGUGGGUAUGACUCCAAAAAGAAUCACAACGACAUACACAUCUAUAAGGAUGGGAAUUGGACGAAGUGUAAAGCAAAUGGUAGAAUUCCUGAGAGUAGAAAUGGACACACAGCCACUGUGGUAGAGAAUAAGAUGUAUGUGAUUGGUGGAUGGUUGGGAAGUGGAACUUAUGCCAGUCGAGAUGUGUAUGUAUUAGAUCUGGAUUGUUUGUUUUGGACACUUGUCAAUACUAUGGGAGAAGUUCCAGGCCCAUGCAAUAUGCACAGUGCUGAUUUAAUUGGUUAGUUGAUAUAUAUCUUCAGAGGAGGAGAUGGGAAGGACUAUCUGAAUGAUCUGCAUAGUUUCAAUACCAAAACUAAUAUGUGGAAACUAGUAUAGACAGCUGAGAAUCAGAGACCUCCACCAAGAGCCAAUCACAGUUCAGCUGUCUGGCAAAACAAGUUGUUUAUCUUUGGAGGUUGGGAUGGUUCAAAAAGACUAAAUGAUUUGCAUUGCUAUGAUGUGACAACGAACAGAUGGAGCGAAUUAAAACCGAUUCAAUCUCCCAGUGCCAGAGCGGGAAUGUGCAUGACUACUAUAGACAAUAAGAUAUACUUAUUUGGUGGCAGUGGCCCUUAAACUACCUGUUUUGGAGAUUUGUAAUGUUAUGAUCCAGUGAAGAAUGCCUGGAGCAUCAUCGAACUUCAGGAUGAUGAAUAAUUUGAUAAGGCCAGAGCUGGUCAUAGUAUGACUGCAAUUGGUAAUCUUAUUUACAUUUUCGGGGGGUCUUGUGGAUCACAUUACUUUAAAGACUUCUUCAUUAUUGAUACUGAUCCUCCUCCUAAUAUUUCUGUGACUGAUUUCAACAAUAUCUCUAUUAACCAGUAUUUUAGAGGUUUUUUCAAUUAGUCUAAAUACAGUGAUAUCAUUUUUGUUGUAGAGGACAAACAAUUAUAUGCACACAAAAUUAUUUUAUCUCGAUACGAAAUGUUCAAUAAGAUGUUUGAGUGGGAGUACAAAAAUCAAUAAUAGAAAGUCUAUAUCAAUGAUUGUUCCUUCAUUAUAUUUGAAUAGUUGUUAUACUUCAUUUACUCAGGAGACUUAUAAUGUGAUCAAAAUUAAUAAUCGGUAGAAUUCUACAGACAAUUGUUGUAAAUGGCUGAUUAUUACCUGAUACCAGAUUUGAAGUCAUUGUGUGAGAAAUCACUAUCCCUCUUAAUUGACAACACAACUCUGGCUAAAAUUAAGCUUUAUGCCGAAUAAAUGAACGCCAAUCAAUUGUUAAAAUUUUGUGAAUGGUAUGAAAACCAUAAUAACUGA